AUGUCUGUUGGGAUUGUUUACGGUGAUCUGUAUAGACGAUUGUGUUGUAGCUCACCUAAAUUUGGCGACCGCUACGCUUUGGUCAUGGAUUUAAUCAAUGCUUAUAAACUCAUCCCGGAAUUGUCUCGUGUACCUCCCUUACAGUGGGAUUCAUCUAAUCUCAUGUAUGAAGCAGUGACUACCUUUCAUUCUACGGAAUAUGUUGACGCUCUUAAGAAAUUACAACUGUUGCACACUGAAGGGAAAGAAUUAACUGCUGAUGACGAGCUACUUAUGGAUUCGUUUAGUUUGAAUUAUGACUGCCCUGGAUUUCCUAGUGUUUUUGACUACUCAUUAGCUGCUGUUCAAGGUAGUUUGGCUGCAGCUAAUGCUUUGAUCUGUCGUCAGUGUGAGGUGGUAAUCAAUUGGGGAGGUGGGUGGCAUCAUGCCAAAAGAAGUGAAGCUUCUGGAUUUUGCUAUUUAAACGAUGCUGUUUUGGCCAUCCAUCGAUUGAUUUCAUCAGUUCCAUCAGAAAUUUCACCCAAUAGACAAACACGAGUGUUGUAUAUUGAUCUUGAUCUUCAUCAUGGUGAUGGAGUAGAAGAAGCCUUCUGGUAUAGUCCUCGUGUAGUUACAUUUUCUGUCCAUCAUGCCUCCCCUGGCUUCUUCCCCGGUUCAGGCAGCUGGAAUGUGCUCACUGGUGACAAACUACCAAUUUUCUUAAAUGGCGCUGGUCGCGGCAGGUUUUCAGCAUUUAAUUUGCCGUUAGAAGAAGGCAUCAAUGAUUUGGAUUGGUCAAAUGCUGUUGGCCCUAUACUUGAUUCUCUUAACAUGGUUGUUCAACCAAGUUAUAUUGUAGUUCAGUGUGGAGCUGAUUGUUUGGCUACUGAUCCACAUCGAAUAUUUCAUUUAACUAAUUUUAAUCCUGAUUUAAAUACAAAUUCGAAUGGUGACUCAGAAUGUAGUUUAAGUGGCUAUUUGUAUGCCAUUAAGAAAAUAUUAUCAUGGAAAGUUCCAACAUUAAUUCUUGGAGGUGGUGGCUAUAAUUUUCCAGAUACAGCUAGACUAUGGACAAGAGUUACAGCGUUAGCAAUCGAAGAAGUUAAGGGUAAAAAGAUAACACUUCCUCUUGAAAUUCCAGAACAUUCCUACUUUUCUCGUUAUGGUCCAGAUUUCGAACUAGACAUUGAUUAUUUUCCACACAAAAAUCAUAACCAAACACUUGACAGUAUACAGAAACACCAUUGUCGUAUUCUUGAACAGUUGUGUAAUUAUGCUGAUUUAAAUAACAUAAUUUAUGACUAUGAUAAAGUGAGCAAAUUUUAUGAAUCAACUGAUUUGUAA